AUGGCCAAAUUUGUGCUACUAAAUCUGGUCCUGCUCGCCGUCGUCACUGGCGGUCUAAGCCUAACCUUACGUGAUAUCUUUGGAUUCAAUUAUCCUCGUUACACUGAACCGGAAGUACCCCGAAUCGUCGAAGUGAUCCGAUGGCGACAGCCCGUAUGCCUGACGUCAGCACCAGAAGUUCUUCCCUGUCUUAUGGGACUGAAGAAAUAUCAAGCAAAGAGCGAUCAGAUCGAGAAAACCUUCUACUCCGGUGAAGAUGGCGAGUUGACAAAACGUGGCGACUCUGACAACGAUUCGAGCAGCGUAGAUUCCAUCAACGAGGACGAUCUUCUCGCGAAAAGAUCCACCCGAUCGUUAAAUGCACCAAGGCUCUACUCCCCCAACGUCGUCAGAUUUGUUCAGCUGGAGAACAUGGGACCCUCGAGCUUGCGAGAGCCCAAAGCUGUAAUUAGACGUCACGGCAAGUACCUCAGACUCGGUCCGCAGAUGACUAGAAGCUCGAUGAACAGCGAGAUCGUCUACGAUAUCAAAGUGGUCGAUUCACCCGUGGUGGCCACCCUCGUCGCUCAAAAAUGCCUCCCGGACAUCGGGGUUCCCCUAUGCGACGAAAAUCUCAAAUGGAUAGCGAAAUCUCAGCUCCACGAAGCGCCGCGUGGCGAGUCGAGUUCGGUUGACGUCGAAAAGCCGGCUGACGUGGCGACAGUCGUGGAGAGCAAACCGGUUGACUUUUGGAAGGGCCCGAGCAACCCUCACUACAAUAAUGGGGAAACUCAGGCACAGAAGCCCCAGAAGCCAGCCAUAAUACAGACCGUCGUGGAUUACAUAAACCGACCCAACUACGUGCAGACCGACGAGAAGCCGGAAAUUAAGCCAGUCAUCGUCGUCGAGCCAACGUCCGCGCCCGGACUGUUCGCCGCGAUCGACACCUUCUUCAGGCCGAACGGGAGCAGCUGGUUCAACGUCUUCUACAAACCACCUGCGGACAAACCGCAAGCUGGUGAAAAGCCCGGAUUGAUAGCGGGAUUGUUUCAAGUACCAGCGAUUCCAUCGCUCCAGGAAUUCUUUUACAAACCGGAGAACGACAUAUCCAACAACCAGGGACUUCUGGGUUUGUUGGCCCUUGCCGGCGGUCAGAACAACGCCCCUGGUGUCGGCCCGCCGACAGAGAAGCCGGGAAUCUUCGGCGGCUUGUUCCCGUCUCCGUCAAAGCCAGCGGGUUUGGAAAAACCUACGAAACCCUCGCUGCUCGGUGGUAUUGGUAACAUUUUCAAUCGACCAACCAGCAAACCGCUGGUAAUCGAAAGACCGGACGAAAAGCCACUCGUCGUUGAGAAACCAGUCUACGUCGUAGAACAGCCGGUCACUCAGGGGCUUAUGAACAUCUUUCAGAAACCCAGUAAACCGAUCUCGUUGGACAAGCCCGAAGAGCUCGAGAUAAUCAAGGAGCCAACUUACAUACUUCAAAAGCCUACAGAGCGCCCAACGCUUUUCGGAAGUGGAUUGCUGGGCAAUUGGAACAUUUUCAGUAAGCCCGCAACCGAGGAAGUGAUAAACGUUGUGGAGGAAAAGCCCGUCCACACUUCCGAAACUGUAAUCGUAGAGAAGCCCGUUCAUAUUGCCGAAACUAUAAUCGAAGAGAAGCCGGUUUCCACAGUCAUAGUUGAAGAAAAGCCCGCAAUUUUCUCCGGCCUCGUAGUCGAAAACAAGCCUGUCCCGUUCUACGGAGUCACGGUUAACAAGGUCCCAGUUGCCCCAAAUAAACCGAUCGUCGAAGUCACAUCCACAGCGGUUGCAGGAGCUACAUCCUCACAUUCCACCGCUGUGGCGGAGUCCUCGGCCACCGUUACAAGCUCUCAAGGGUCUUCGACGUCGGUCGUCGAGGUGACAGCUUCGGCCAAUGCUGUGGCUACGACCUCAAACGGAGCUUCCGUUACCACUGUGGAGUCCUCCACCAUUUCUGAAAUCGUCGUGACGUCGAAUCGCCCGACGUACGGUGGUUAUUGGAAGACCGAAGAGGGGCAUGAAGGAGAAAUUACUGACUUGGUUCAAACGGAAGAUGGCCGGGAUGAGCUGGACGCGAUAGAGGAGUCUCUGCGUACCAAAUCUGACAUCGAAAGUGACACUGGAGUCGAGGAGGAGGAGGUUAAAAAUGAAGCACCGGAAAAGUAA